AUGGGUUGUAAGUUAUUCUUAGUCGCGGCAGCCGUUGUCUGCAUUGCCGCCGCUGCUCAAACACAGGCGACGGACUACAUUGUUGGAGACUAUGCUGGUUGGAAAUUGGGCUUCGACUAUGCCGCAUGGGCGCAAGGCAAACAGUUCUUCCUUGGAGAUAGGCUCGUUUUCAAGUAUAAAGCUGGGGCUCAUAAUGUGUACAAAGUGAACGGGACUGCCUUCCAGAGCUGCACGGUGCCGCCGUUGUCGGAAGCUCUAUCCACCGGAAAUGACGUUAUUACCCUUGCGACUGUCGGGAGGAAGUGGUACAUUUGUGGUGUCGGAAACCACUGUGCUUCCGGAAUGAAGCUCGUCAUCACUGUUGCGCCUUAUCCGGCAGCUCCCUCUCCAGCUCCCGCUCCGGCUCCGGCUAUUGGUGCCAAGAAGCCCAUCGGGAUUUGGAAAAAUUGGAAGUUGAAAAUGCACUUUUGA